CAGAGUUAGGGUUUGGGUCUGGACUCGAAGAACAUUGGCAUCUCCGCUCUACCACUCUUCAUUGCUCUCUCUCGCUUGCUACCUGGUUAAUUGUUUAUUGUUAAUGGGAGGAUAUAAUCACCAAGGCUAGUAAUUGUCCAUGUACUCUAAGCGAUCUGAUCAAGGUAAUGGGCCUGCUUCGAGGCCAGUACGCACGAGUGAUAGGCUCCGAAGAAGGCCAAAGAUAUAUGGUCGUCAAUACAUGUACUAUACUCCAUCCAUCAUUCGCCCCAAGAGAAGCAAGUCUAAGACGAGGACAGCAGCUUCUCAGAUUGCCAAGAUGUUGCGUCCCGGUAAUCGGCCAGUACGGACCUCAAAUGCCACUCAGUCAGUUGUGACCAACCUUAGGCGUUCUACCAGACAGAGAAGAAUUCCUGUAAAUCUGGAAGGAUACACGGACAGUUCUGGGACAGAGGACAAUGACCUAAUGGGACCCCAGUAUCGAAUUUCAAGGAACCGGAUCGACAAUCAUGCGAGUCAAGAUGAGUUGUCAUCUCCUAAGCGCAAAAAGAUCCGUCAGACCAAAUCAUUGCCUCGGCGUGAAGGAUUACGGCCUCGUCGUUCGAAAGCAGUUGUAAGGGAACAGUUAACUUUAGAAUCCGAUGAUGAACAUGGUACUUCUGAGGAGAAAGUUGGCCAAGAUGAGACAGAAAAUGGCAAUGACAUUGAGGAUAAUGAUGCGGAUGAAGGUGAUGGUGAGGAUGAGGGCGAGGGUGAAGGUGAUGGUGAGGAUGAGGGCGAAGGUGAAGAUGAAGGUGAGGAAGACGGUGAUGAUGAGGGGGGUGAAGAGGAACAGGAAGGGAGGAGGCGCUACGAUCUUCGCAAUCGUACAGAUGUCCGCAGGCUUUCUCUUGAGGAAGGUAAGCAACGAUCAAGAUCACCUCGAAGAAUACUGCACCAAGGAAUGGGAACCAAGGUUGGCAGGGAUGUGAGGAAGGGUGGAUCCCGUGUCCAUAAACGCCAUCGCCUAACAAGAGCUGAAGAUUCUGAUGACUCUCUUCUUGUGGAUGAGCUGGAUCAAGGUCCUCCUAUUCCUUGGGGGAGAGGGGGGAGCAGAUCUGGCCCACCUUGGCUUUUUGGAGGUCUAGAUAUGAAUGGCACAACAGCAUGGGGAUUGAAUGUUGCUGCAUCUGGUUGGGGUCAUCAGAGUGAUGCUUUUGCUACCUUGACUACUGGAAUCCAAACUGCUGGGCCAAGUUCCAAGGGAGGAGCGGAUAUUCAACCUUUACAGUUUGAUGAAAGUGUAAGUUUUGAUGACAUUGGUGGCCUUUCUGAAUAUAUUGAUGCUUUGAAAGAAAUGGUUUUCUUUCCCUUAUUGUAUCCUGAUUUCUUUGCGAGUUACCAUAUCACACCUCCAAGGGGGGUCUUGUUAUGUGGACCCCCUGGCACUGGGAAAACACUGAUUGCAAGAGCACUAGCUUGUGCUGCUUCAAAGGCUGGCCAGAAGGUCAGCUUUUACAUGAGAAAAGGUGCUGAUGUGCUUAGCAAAUGGGUUGGCGAAGCUGAAAGGCAAUUGAAAUUACUAUUUGAAGAAGCUCAACGAAACCAGCCUUCUAUUAUCUUUUUUGAUGAAAUAGAUGGACUUGCCCCUGUUAGAUCUAGCAAACAAGAGCAAAUUCACAAUUCAAUUGUGUCAACUUUGCUUGCCUUGAUGGAUGGUCUUGAUUCUAGGGGACAAGUCGUUUUGAUUGGAGCAACCAACAGGGUUGAUGCCAUUGAUGGAGCAUUGCGCCGCCCUGGUCGAUUUGAUCGUGAAUUCAAUUUUCCUUUACCCGGUUGUGAGGCACGCGCUGAAAUAUUAGACAUUCACACUAGGAAGUGGAAGCAGCCUCCUUCCAAGGAACUAAAAAUGGAGCUUUCAGCUAGUUGUGUGGGAUAUUGUGGUGCUGAUUUAAAAGCUUUGUGCACUGAAGCUGCCAUUCGAGCUUUUCGUGAAAAAUAUCCUCAAGUUUACACCAGUGAUGAUAAAUUUCUAAUAGAUGUUGAUUCAAUAAUGGUGGAAAAGUAUCAUUUCAUAGAAGCGAUGUCGACAAUCACUCCCGCUGCUCAUAGAGGCUCAAUUGUGCACUCUAGACCAUUGUCGUUGGUUGUUGCACCAUGUCUACAAAGACAUCUCCAGAAAGCCAUGAAUCUUUUAUCAGAUAUUUUCCCUGCUCUUGCAGUGUCGGCAGAACUGACCAAACUUUCCAUGCUUUCCUAUGGUUCUGCUAUUCCUCUCGUGUACAGGCCUCGGCUUCUGUUAUACGGUUGUGAAGAUGCUGGGCUGGAUCAUCUAGGACCUGCAAUUUUGCAUGAAUUAGAGAAAUUUCCUGUUCAUUCUCUUGGACUUCCGUCUCUUCUUUCGGACCCUAGCGCAAAGACCCCAGAAGAGGCAUUGGUGCAUAUAUUCGGUGAAGCAAGGAGAACUACACCGUCAAUACUCUAUUUACCUCAAUUCCAUCUUUGGUGGGAUAAUGCACAUGAGCAGCUUAGGGCUGUUCUCCUGACUUUGUUGGAAGAGUUGCCAUCUGACUUUCCCAUAUUAUUACUUGGGAUAUCCUCGGUUCCACUUAAUGAACCAAAUGAGCCGCCUUCUUCUUCAAUCUUUUCUUGUCGUAACAUUUAUCAAGUGGACAAACCAUCAGGGGAAGACAGGUCUACUUUUUUUAGCCAUCUGAUUGAAGCAGCUUUGUCAAUAGCAUUCGAGGCCAAGGCAAAAAAGUCCCAGAAACUCGUUUCCAUUACUGAACUCCCCAAAGCUCCAAAAGUGGCUAGUGGCCCGAAGGCCUCAGAAUUAAAAGCCAAGGCUGAAGCCGAGCAGCAUGCGCUUCGCCGAUUGCGAAUGUGCCUCCGUGAUGUUUGCAACCGAAUUCUAUAUGAUAAACGAUUCAGUGUCUUCCAUUAUCCUGUCAUGGAUGAAGAUGCACCAAACUACCGCACAAUCAUCCAGAAUCCCAUGGACAUGGCAACUCUGCUGCAACAUGUUGACAGUGGAAAGUAUAUUACAUCCAAAGCAUUCCUGGAAGAUUUUGAUCUUAUUUUGGCCAAUGCAAAGAGAUACAACGGAGAUGAUUACAAUGGGGCUAGGAUUGUCAGUAGAGCGCAUGAGCUUCGAGAUGCAGUGCAUGGAAUGCUGUCACAGAUUGACCCUGCGCUGGUUGCAUUCUGUGAAAAGAUUGCUGCUGAAGGGGGUCCACUGCCUAUGCCAGAUGAUGCAGGGGACUUUACUUUCCCACCAACUGCAGUUGCUCAGUCGGCAACUGUUACUAGAGCAAGUGCCAGACUUCGCAAUGUCCAGCCAGAGGUCAAUCUGGACCAAAGCUAUGAAGCAUUGAAACGACCAAAGAAGAACGUUGAUCCUUCACAUGCAGUUUCAGCUUCCGCAGCAGAAGAUGGAUCACAGCCUCAAGAAUUGGUGCCACUGAAGUCAUCCCAAGAACCUGAAGCAGAUGAUGAUUCAAGUCCACAAAGGCCAAGCUCUCCUGCUGAUGGCAGUCAGCUCGAAUCUUGUGAAGCUGGCGGGUGCAGAUUUGAAGAUGUUAUAAUGUCAGACGGAGAGACUCCCGGCAAAGUUGAGUCUGUCAAGCAGCUUUUUGUGGAGCGCACUGAAGAUUAUGGCAUUCCGCAGCUUGAAAAGAUUUACACUCGUGUUAUGAAGGGCGUCUUUGAAACGAAAGAUAUUUGCAAUGGGGAAGAUCUGAAACCUUCAAUUUUGAGCUUUUUGUUGAAGUUUGCUGAAAAUGAGGCUAAUUUUUGAUCUAGCACGUUUAUAUCCUUAAAGAACUAUUAAUUUUUACUUUUUUUUUUAAUUUAUUUAUACAUAGUAGUGAUGUAUAUAAUCAUUUUUUUAGCGAGAUUGAUGAGUGCCCCCUCCUCUUCUCCUC